GUCUUAUUAUCUCCACUCCUACCGGUAGUACAGCUUACGCGGCAGCAGCAGGGGCAUCCAUGAUACACCCCAAUGUUCCAACAAUUAUGAUCACACCAAUUUGUCCCCACUCGCUCUCAUUUCGACCAAUCAUCAUUCCAGCGGGAGUUGAGCUUAAGAUUAUGGUACCUCCUGAUGCCCGACACACAGCCUGGGUGUCACACGAUGGAAGAAACAGGCAAGAAAUCCACAAAGGAUAUGCUGUCCACAUCACAACGUCGAUCUAUCCAGUAGCAUGCGUGUGUCGGCGGGAUCAGAUCUCUGAUUGGUUUGACAGUCUGGGUGAGUGCCUGCAUUGGAACAUACGACAACGCCAAAAGGCUAUGACUACAACAUGUGCAAUCAAGAAUGGAGAACCGGAAAAAAUUGAGAAGGAAUAGGAUACAGGAUACACUAAUUAUUUCAACUUUUAUCUCAGGAUUAUGUCGAGCUAACAAUAUUACGUUAUAAGAACAUUAUAAUAAUGUUACAGUUUGGUGUUGAAAAUCUUAUUUUGUAGAGCCAAUACAUACUACGUUUUAACGUUUGAACGUUCCUGCAACGCUGUGUAAAUAUUAUGUGACUGCCUAACCACAACGUUCGCAAAUGUUACAAGAACGUUGUGUGAUUGCAGGGCAUGCAUAAAUUUAAUAAGCUCUCUGUUAAUCAGAUCAAAGUUCUUAUGAAUUUAUCUGCAGCCGUAGAUAUAUCUUUGAAGAUUCAUACCUUAAUUUUUUGUAUCAUGUAAUUUUGUAGAGAAACUAUUAGAAAAAUGUGAAUUUUUAGUUUACCAUCUAAAUCAGUACAUAGAGGGCAGGCUUCAUGUGGUACAAUCAUUUACCCUUGCAGGUCUUAAUUAUCAUUAUUAUCCUCUUGCAAAAAAAAUUAUGGUUGUGUUGCCCAAUUGGAAAAUAGAUCAUUAGUCACACCUUGGACUUUGGUUGGGUAAAAUCUGAUGAAGUUAUUACCAAUUAUAGCUUGAAAAAUGGUCUUUAAAAUAAAAAAAAAAUUGUUACUAUAAUAAAUGUUCUUAGAUUUUCAAGAAUUUAGGAUAACAUAAAAACUUACUUUAGUGUACGCCCCUUUGACAACAUCCUACAUGUGUGCUGAUGAGUAUGUGGAAUUACUUCCUCUAUAAUGCUAGUAUGAAUAAAACAGCUAAAACAUGUACCACCCAAAGUAAGGAAUCGUUCCUUAUGGACCAAAUAACAUAUAUAUACCUCAAGCGCAAACCAUUCCUGCUUCCCAACACACUUCCGUGGUGGAUAUGUUUUGGUUUGUGCUUCAAAUUUUUCAGAAUACUUGACUUAGCAGUUUUUAGAUAUAGGGGUCCAAGUUAAAGUUAAUUUAAUGGCAGACUUCUCAAGUACUACGGAACUGCCGUAGUUAGGCCUAGUUGCCUAAUUAUGAACGUACGGAAAUAGACAAAAAUACUGCGGAAAUUUAUCAUAGGCCUAGACCCAUAAAUAAAAUAUGUCUAGAACAAUGAUUUUUCCAUUAGGUCUUAGGCCCCUAGACAACUCAUACUUGUCAAAUUACUGAUAAAUUAUUGUUAAAACUAAGGAAAAGUGGCCGUAAAUCUUCAUUCUGUCCCGUUUGUUUGAAAUUCUGCAUCGAAAUACAGACAAUCAGGCCCAAAGACGAUCUGGCCCAGGAUGAUCAGACUCCAAUUUCAAGACGAUUGGACCCAUUUUGAAAGUGGGCCCAAUUGUCCUGGAAUGUGACCCAUACAGUAAAUCUUCAUCCUGUCCAGCUUGUUUGAAAUUCCACAGCUGAAAAUUUUACAUUUACUACGGAAAUUUGAAGACAUAGUUAUGGAAAUGCAUUUAUACGAACUUCAGAAGUCUGCAAAGCAGUGUUCUAGAAGAAGGGUCAUUCAUGCCUUAGUUCCUGUGUGUACUUAAAAAAUCCUUUUGGUACAGUUAUUGAAAAUAAAUGAUGGCAUCGUCUUCUGCAUUACAGGCCAUUGCAACUAGAUUAUAGCAUGGAGAGAUUAAUAUAUAUUUCCUCCAUUAUUAUAGGCAUGUACGGACGAUAUUUAGAGGUAAAACAGUAAUACACAAAUGUCACUUGAGACUGCAUUCACACUUUGUUCACCCAGGGCAAAUGUGUUUAUUUUUAAUACUUUGUUGAAGUUAGUAGUUAAAGCUUAGAAGUAGCUAUUUAAGUUUUCCUUAAGUUAUAAUGGCCACUGUGUCAUCAUCUCGCAAUGGUACCUUUACAAAAUUUCUCAAAAUUGCAAACAAAUAUGAAAACUUAUUUGUAGAUUGUAAUCUGUAAUGGAUGUGAAGUUGUAGCAGGAAUUGACAUAAAAAUGGGUUGGAGGGCCAAAGUGAAUUUUGGGUUUAACAGCAAGGGCCACACGAAAACUUUGAUGUUUUCAAUGUGCUUCCAACUACCUUCAUGCACUGCUUUCAUACCGCUUCAUGCUCAGUUUUAAUAUUACUUUUUGGUAAUUGGUGUGGGGCUGAAAAAAAAAAAUACAAAUGUGUUUUCUAGCCAAAGAUGGUUGGUGGAUUUUAAUUCAUUUUCUCGGGCUGCAAAAAAAUUGUCGGCCCAGUGCAGACUUAAAUAUUCUAAAGUAAAUUUUUUACUGAACAAAACAUAACUGAACAAAGGGCAUUACAGAAGAUGAGGAGUAGACUGCUAUUUCAGGGCUAAUAAUUAGCCUCCUUUGAACAUGCCUACUUGGUGUAACCAGGGAAGGGGAAUCCACUACCUCCUGAUAUAACUGGUCCGGGGUAGUCUGUACUACAGAGAACUAGGGAAAAAUAGGCCUGGACAAUUUUUCAUGAAUCAUUUUCUGAUGCCGUUCCUUCCUUUAUUAUAUGAUGCUUUUCUCAAUACUAUUUAUAAAUUUUAAAAUAUGAUGCUAUAUUUUUAGUACUUGCAAUAUCAAUUAUAAUUUCAUAGGUAUUUUUUCAUCUUAGCUUUUUAUUUCACUUUACUUGACAGCACUUGAUGGUAUUGUAGAUGGCAAGUAAACACAGUUCUCCUUCAAAUUAAAAACCACCUCCAAUUAAUGACCACUUUUCUGUGGCCCUAGAUGAACACAAAUCUUUUAUCUUUAUAAUAAUUAUUUUUUCUAAUUUAAGACCAAAGCUGCUAAAGACCAUGAAAACCUUGUCCCUAAAACCGGGCACUCAAAGUUGUUGACCGAAACGAUUUUAUGGAGAACACCAUGAUACGCGUGGAUUACUUUUAAAGGCGAUCCCUUAAGACUGCCAACGACAGCAGACAGCGUUGCAUCGUUUGGUGCUUACAGGGAGCGGAGAUGAGUUUGUCUCGUUUUCCUGGCUUAAGGUGGUUUUUAAUUGGAGGAAGACCUGUAGGUUUAUCAAAAUUUAGUAGAGUACCGUAUUCAUGAUGUUUAAAAAAUGCAAUUCAAGACCAAAAUGACUCAACCUGGAUAACCAAUGUACAAUAGAUAUGCUUUAUAGGGUGCUAUUACAAGGAUUAAUUAAUAAAAUUAAAUAAUGUUGAUCCUAACGCAUCGCAAAUGGAACCACAACUGGACGAAGGGAUCCCAAGCUCUACUUUCUGUAUCGAGCAAACCAAUUGAAAAUAAAAUUUUAUAUUUAUAUAAUAGUUAUAUAUUAAAUAUAAACUUAAUUAAACUUUUAAUUAAAUAUUUAAAAAAUGUUGCUUAUCAAAGGACGUAAUACUAUUUUUUUUUUUUAGUCUUAUGCAUAGGCCCUUAAAUUUGCUGGUAACCAACUUAAGGAUCAAUUUAAAUUAAAGUGAAAUCCUAUUUGCUUUUUGACUUGUGUUCAUAGUAUAGUUAAUAACAUUCAACCUUUCAAAUGUGCAAUUUAAUUUUUUUUUAAUUGAAUUGUUUAGGUUUUUGUAAAUAGAUUACAUCACUGACCAAGGACUGAAUAAGGUUAUUGAACAGAUAGUGAACCUUUGAAUAUAAUAACAAAAAUAUGAAAAAUUAUUGUCAUUAUUACAGAUCUUCCUCUAUUUAAAGACCCCUUCACCACCUCCAAUUAGAGGUCCCUUGCUGUGGCUUUGGAUUAACAAUAUCUUUUUCUCUAUAGCCUCAUAAUUAUUUUUCCAAAAAGUUGCUGAUGACAAUGGAAAAUCUGGUUCAAAAUGUGGUCUUUAAUUGGAGAAAAAUCUGGUCAAAAAUGUGGUCUUUAAUUGGAGGGAAAAUCUGUGUUUUGUUAUACAAGAUACAAGGCAAUUUUAUUGUCUGAAAAAAUCAGAAAUUAGUUAUUAUAAGAAAUUGUGUGUAGAUGAUGAGUGAAUUAUUUUUAAUGUUGCGUUCCAUUGCACGUGUGAUAACCGUGAACACUACCCUUGAAUCAUAACAUUAAAAUGUGUUCCAAUGUUGAUUUAUUAACACGCAUGUUGUUAGUAAGUACUGUAUUCCAAUUUCAGGUGUGCAACAUUAAUGCACAUAUGGCCUAAUAAAUUCACUGCUACUAACUAAAGUUACCGAUUAUAAACAAUGAAUAUUUUAAUCAACCUAUAGUUUUAAAUGUGUACAUUACAUUCUUACAAUUUUGUAAUUGUUUAAAGUUAAAUAAUGUAAAGUUCCCCCAUAUUGCUCAAUUAUGACAUAAAUAUUUGCAACGACUUAUUUCUUGUGCGUCUUUAAAGCCAUCGCUCGGAGGAAGAAAAAAAAAGUGAUAUGUUGUAAAUAUUUUUGUAAGACACAAAUGGGUGUUUGAUGGAAAAUAUUUUGAAUAUUUAAAAACUGGGCAAAAGGGCGGUUAUGCCCCUUUCCACCCAGUUUUUAAAUAGUCGAAAAUCUGUAUCUUAAUAACUGUUCUCGAGUUUUUUGUCAAACACCGCUUUUGUCAGGAUAUAAACAAACCCUUUUCCUCUGGAGCCUGGCUUUAAAAUCAUCGACAAGUUUUAAUCAUCGGUAGACCGACCUUUGGAACGCUUUUGCUUACUGUGUUCGCGGGUGCACUGGAACACAACUUCUUGACAAGAGUGUAUUCCUAGCAAUUAACAAUAUCAACGUAGGCUUUUAGUCAGAAAUAUAUAAUAUUCAACGUUGCUUCAGUCUGUAAACUGACAGUAUUAUUUUAGUUUUAAGGCCUGUUUAUACUUGCAACGAUAACGCUAAAAAGAAAUUGUUCACAUAAUAAAUAAAAGAUAUGAGAAGUUUUUACACAAGGACCGUCGAUAACGAUUCAAAUGAAAUCAAUUCAAAUACGUCGUAAUCAUGGAAAAAUGAUAAAAUCAUAGCAGUAGUAACAACGAUUUUAUAGUUUUUCCAUGAUUAUGACAAAUUGAUUUGUUAAAACAUUUGUAAUAUACAUGAUAAAUCGUUAACGAUUCGUCCUAGUGUAAAAACUUCUCUUAUAUCCUUUAUUUGUUAUAUAAACAAUUGCUUUUAGCUUUUUAUCGUAUCAUUGCAAGUAUAAGCAGGCCUUUACUCUGGAAUUAGUGGAUAAUAAAUUAAAGCACUGUACAUAAUAGUUCUUAUACCAAGGCAAAUAUUAGCCUAUGUAAAAUAAGUGUCAAAAAAUAUUAUAUAUACUUUUUUAUACAUUUGUAUCUAAUAAAAGGAGUAAACAGUU